CCUCUGCCCCCGCCCUUUCCGCCCCUCCCUCCCCCUCCGCCCUGUCUCUCGGCGGCAGCGGCGGCGGCGGCGGCUCGCGCAGCUCGUUGGCUCACUAUAUAAAGGGGAGAAGCGGGCGGACCGGACGGCUGGAGCUGCAGCCGGUGGCGGCAGCGGCGGCGCGGGGAGCGGCGACCGGUGGUGGUUUCCCUCCUUGGCGCGGGGUGGGGAGCGGGCAACGCCCCCCGGACCCCACGAGGGUCGUGGCUUUUUUCUUAAGGGCGAUUCUCGAGGUUUUUUAGCUCCGGGAGGACUGCCCCCCUCCUCCUCCUUCUCCUCUCACCGCUCCCCUCUACUCUUUCAGGAUCCGAUUUUGUUUGAAAUUUUUACCCCCAGUCUUGCGGUGGCUUGGGCCACCCUCCGGGUGUUUUGGUUUUCUUUUUCUUUUUUGGUUUUGUUUUUAUCUUGUUUUCUCGGGCUUGCCCCCCUCUUGUUUGUGUUGUGUGUGGAAAUGGCGAACUCGGCAAAUACAAACACCGUGCCUAAAUUGUAUAGAUCUGUGAUUGAAGAUGUUAUUAACGAUGUAAGAGACAUCUUUUUGGAUGAUGGAGUUGAUGAGCAAGUUCUGAUGGAACUGAAAACUUUGUGGGAGAAUAAACUAAUGCAGUCUAGGGCAGUCGAUGGAUUUCAUUCAGAAGAGCAACAGCUUUUACUGCAAGUUCAACAACAACAUCAACCUCAGCAACAGCAGCAUCACCACCACCACCACCAUCAGCAAACUCAACCACAGCAGACGGUACCUCAGCAAGCGCAGACCCAGCAGGUCCUUAUUCCUGCCUCACAGCAAGCUGCUGCACCACAAGUUAUAGUUCCUGAUUCUAAGCUGAUACAACAUAUGAAUGCAUCAAACAUGAGCGCUGCUGCUACAGCUGCUACCUUGGCACUCCCUGCAGGCGUGACUCCUGUUCAACAGAUAUUAACAAAUUCAGGCCAGCUUCUUCAAGUAGUCAGAGCAGCCAAUGGUGCCCAGUAUAUCUUCCAGCCUCAGCAGUCAGUGGUUCUGCAACAACAAGUUAUACCACAAAUGCAGCCUGGUGGAGUACAAGCCCCUGUUAUACAACAGGUACUGGCCCCUCUUCCUGGAGGGAUUUCACCACAGACGGGUGUCAUCAUUCAGCCACAGCAAAUCUUAUUUACAGGAAAUAAGACUCAAGUUAUACCUACAACAGUGGCUGCACCAACACCGGCACAGGCACAGAUAACUGCAGCUGGCCAACAGCAACCACAGGCCCAGCCUGCUCAGCCACAAGCUCCAUUGGUGUUACAGGUUGAUGGAACUGGGGAUACGUCAUCUGAAGAAGAUGAAGAUGAAGAAGAAGACUAUGAUGAUGAUGAGGAGGAAGACAAAGAGAAAGAUGGAGCUGAGGAUGGGCAGGUAGAAGAAGAGCCCCUCAACAGUGAAGAUGAUGUGAGUGAUGAGGAAGGACAGGAACUCUUUGAUACAGAAAAUGUUGUUGUAUGCCAAUAUGAUAAGAUACACAGAAGUAAAAACAAAUGGAAAUUUCAUCUCAAGGAUGGCAUUAUGAAUCUUAAUGGAAGAGAUUAUAUAUUUUCCAAAGCCAUUGGAGAUGCAGAAUGGUGAAGAGUUGGUCUUUUAUUUUAUAAAUAAACAAAAGAAACUUAAAAAAAAAUUUUAAGUGGACAGUUUGAAACUUGGGACAUACACCAACCAAAACUUAACUUCUGCAUGUCAGAAAAGUGCAGUAGAAUCAAAGCUACUGGAACAAAGAGACCUUGACAACAUAGACACUACUUCUAACUGGCAAGCCAUGGAACUGUAGCACCUGGGGUUGUUGGGGUGGGGGAGGCUGGGGUUUUGGAAAACCAUAAUUGUCAAUUUUAAAUACAGGUACCUGCCACCAGUAAUUAGCAUGUAAAGCUUUGUCUAUAUUCCUUCCUCCAACUUGGGUUCAAUCAGAAGAUAUUUGUUGGAACGAACUGAAGAAAAUUCCCUUUUGAUAGAUUGACCUGAAACUGCUUAUUGUAUGUGGUUAUAUUUGGUAAAAAUUGCGUGUGAGCUUUUUACAAAAGGGUAAGAAUUAUGGUGUUGAAUUUUAAUUCACUUGUAUAAGGAAACAAUUUAGAACUCUCAUAAUAGGUCUUAAAUAUUUUUACUAGCUAUUCUCCCUCAGUAAUAUAUACCUCUUCCUUCCCUGCUUUAUGAAACAUCUGUUUAAGAGUUAAAGGAAGUAAUCGUUGAUCACAGUUUGGAGACAAAAUUUGACCCAGGAAUGGAUAUUUAUUUUAAUUAGGUUCUCAUUAAAUGUAAUUUAAAGACUUGGGUCUCAUUGAGUUGAGCAGAAUUAAAAUGAUGACUUCGGUUUCCUUCCAGAAAAAUCAUAUUUGUUUUUUUUGUUGUUUUUUAGUCCCAUACCUUAAAAAGAAACCCCGGAGUGGCUCCUCAGGAAUACAGUUUUAGUUCACAGAGGUACCAUCUAGCUGAAAUUACAUACACAUGAAUAGAUAGAUUUUUUUUCCUGUUGGACUGAAGAAUAUGCUUAUAUAUGUGUUUAAUCUUUAAGCUAAAUAUUCAGAUAAUACUCUGUAUUGAUUGAAGCAUUCAUUGGGCAGGUGGUGAGGACCUGGAUUUUUCUUAAACGAUUUAGUAACUAUUAAAGUUUCCUGUAUUUACUAGUAAAGAAUUUAAAAACUCUUCUAAUUGGGGGGAAAAAAAAACACUUUUAAUUGCAACUUUGUAAUUUGAGGGGAAAUUUGGGGGGUUAGAGGGGGAUGGGCCACUAAGUACAUAUUUACCUCUCUUUGAUUUGGUGGCCCUUCCAGGCCAUUGAUAAUGUAUACAUGGGCUCCAAGUUUGCACAUCGAGAAGAAAGCAUAGAAAUUUGACUUGUAUAUUAAGAAUAAUAGAAAUUUAAUAUGUAUAUUAAGAAUACACAGCUCUGUAUUCUGUAAGGGGCUCUAAAGAACAAUGUGGCAGUGCUGUGUUCCGUGUGAACUAGUUGCCUGGGAGAACUGUAGGAUCACUUGUCUUCACCUAUAUUUUCUUAUAACUAAUUCUUUUCAUGGUCUAUCUUGGCAAAAUUCACAUGUGGUAAAGUUACUCAUAUAUUGAUUUUUUUUUUAAGUCUUCCAUUUUUGUCUUCCUUUUUAUUUGCCUUUAUAUGUGUUUCUAGAAGUAACAUAGAAACGCUUUACAUUGCAAAGAGAAACUGUGAGCUAUUAUAUGUUUGUUUUUUUAACACAGAUCUUUAAACUUCUCAAAAAGGCAAAUCAAUUUGUGUGUGUGUGCGUGCGUGCGUGUGCGUACUUACUUCCCACCCCACAUACCAUCUUGGACCCUUUAACUUAUGUUCUGAACUUUGGUGUAAAUGAUGGUUUCUAGCAUGCUAGUAGUUAGGUUUUAUUUAGAUGCCAUUAACUGGUAAUACGGUUUUAAUUUUUACUCUAUUUAGUUUUUUGGAGGCGAGGUUUAUUUACCCCACUACUCUCAAAGCACACAGGUUUUUUUCUUUUUGUUAGUGAGACUGGGAGAAGAGAAGGGAGGGGGUGAAAUCACAGCAGUCCUGUUGUUCAUUUGUCCUUCAGUAUAGUUGUUAGUAGGUUUAUAUUUACCCAAUGAAGAAGUCAAUGACCUGAACUACCUAUAAAAGUUUAGCAGUGCUGCAAUGUUGAUUGAAACCCUUUGGCUAUCGUAGUUCUGCUACUGAACCUUGGAUUACAAUAUGAUAUUCAGCUCAUGUUUUGGGCCCUCUAUGUAGACAAACAUUUGUAUUCAUAGUAGAAUUGUAUACUGGCCUGUUUUUAUAACAUUUUCAAACAUGAACAACCACUGCUUUCAGAAUGACUCACUACGGCUAUUUUGAAGCAGGAAAUAACCAUUUGUAUUUGCACCUGUAUAUUGCAUAUUAAUUAUGGCAUACUUGGCAAAUGCUUUUCUUUUACCUGUGAAAAUUCUGAAAGCUGGUCCAAACAACACUGCAUACCAAAUUGUGCUCUUAUAUAUUACUGCAUCGUGUUCCUUUUUAAUCAAAUAGAAUGUUUUAGUUUUAUUAUAGUGGCUUGCUAUAAGAAUGCCACUUGCUUCUCUUUUACUGUACUUGAAUUCUUAAUCAUGCUUUUAAUGUAUUUAACAAAUCAUUUCAUUAGGUUCCAUAAAAUGUCAUUCCUUUGAAAAGGCAAGGAUUCCCACUUUCAGAUUUUGAAAAUGAAAAUAACAUGUUACUUUAAAGAGGGAAAGUAGUUCAGACUUGGUAUUAUGAAUAAGUAAAGGUUUCAGAAGAAGAUUUGUUUAGAUUUGCACAGAUGGUGAUGGCACCUUUUAUUCCAAAAAAAAAAAAAAAAAAAAAAAUUAAUGUUAACAGUGCUAAGGAAAAUUUACACAAAAUUCUAGGUAAAGUGGGGAAAUGUGUGCCUUUCAGUAUAUGUACCCUUUUUUGGUGGUCAUUUGUAUAAUCAGACCGUUUGAAUUGCCUGAGAGCACAUUUAAUUUCUGUAGAGAGCCACAUUUGGCUAAACCAACUCUAAUGUGCAAUUAGUUUCUAGAGUAAAAUGUCUGUUAUAUGAGGGGGAUCUUUAUAUUGGGCUUUUAUAUUUUUUUUAAAUGUUCACAUUUAACAUUUCUUUCUGUUAAUUAAAUGCCAUCAUAUCACAUUUAUAUUGUUGCCUCUUAAAAUCAAAGCCACCUUGAUGUUAUUCUUAGGAAUACAUCAGGAUCUGAGCGAUGUGUAUAGUGAUUAAAAUGUGUUCUUGAAGAGCGUAUUCUAAUAGAUUUUCGUUUUAGACAGCAAGAACAUAAAAAUAUAAUAGCUUUUGUAUAAAGAUUUUCUUUUGCUAUAUGAAAAUCAAGGAUUUGGUUUUCUUUUUUCUGGCUUUUAUGGAGGAAUAAAAAGGGUUGACUCCCUCUAAGAGUAAUUUUUGGUUAUCUUAUAGCAAUAAUGUCACCAUUCUUUUCAAAAGGUAAAUAUGCCUUGUACAGGAAUGUAGACAUAAUUUCCUCUUGGGAGUUCCCUUUAUAACUUUGCAUUUUCUUCCACUUGAGAAAAUUCCUAUAUUUUCAGAUUAUUUCAUCUUGAACUUUUUUGAGCUUUUGUGCAAUGGAAUAUUUUAUUGAUCCAUCUUUGUACAUUUUCAUUUUAUCUCAUGUCUGUUUCCCAUCUAUCUGUCAGCUAUUUCAGAUUUUGAAUUCAUUGGUUAAAACAUAGUUGCUUUAAAUAGUUCCUCAUGAGUUUAUGUUAAAUAGUUUUGCAUUUUAAUCUAUUAUGCUAUGGAAAUUAUUCUCAAGUUUAUAAUUCCCUUUUUAAGCCUGCCUUAGUCUAUCUUUUGUCAUUUUUAUGAUUUAAGGAAGAACUUUAAACACCGAGCUUACUAUUUUUGUUUAUUUUGAGGAACAAGAGAACAAGAACAAGUUCUUCCCUUAAGGGAAGAACUACGUGGAAUUAGUAAUUACUAUUUUAGUCAAGGUUCCUUAAAUCAGUCCAGUAUGUGUCAGGGCUACAAUUUUGGGGGAGGGGCUAAUCCUUUUGCUGUUCUGAGCUACUAUUGUCAACUGCUGUUGUACAUACUGUUAUGUGUAAGGGCGUAAAUAUAUUUAUUAUGUUUGUAAAAUUCAUUCUGUACAAUUGCAGAUCAAGGUUGCUCUUCUGUGAUAUACAGGAUAUUAUGUUUUAAAGACCAUCUUGGAAUACAAUUAGAGAACUUAGUAUUUUGAUGUACUAAGACCUAUUUUAAGUUUAAUAUUUUACCUUUGCAAAAACUUUAAUUAAAGAUGUUAUUUAAAAAAGA